AUGGGCCGCUGGUGGGGACUGCCACUUCCCCCAGAGAUUAUUCUGGAACUGUUUCAGUAUUUGGAACCCUCGGAUGUCGUGGCUCUCGCGCAAGCCGCGGAAGGGUUCGCCCAGCUCGCCGUCUCAGCGUACUCAUCUAGUCUCCGCGAACAUGGGCGAACGAUAUUGUUUUCUGCAGUUACAUGUGGACAUGUAAGCAUUGUCCAGCAUUACCUGGAGGGAGGAGCCGACCCCUGCGCCGCGGAUGAUGAGGGAUACACGCCAUUGCACUGGGCCGCUGCUUUCGGUCACUGCAACGUGGUGUCUUUACUCAUUGAUGUGGGAGCUGAUAUCAAUGCACGGCAUAAGAGCGGACUUACUCCACUGGAUUAUGCCAUUAUAACAGGAUAUGAUAGCGUUGUGGAGGUUCUUUUGAAUAAAGGAGCUACCAUUACGGAUGUCAGGAUUGGCCAGUCUCAAAGAACGACUCUACAUGCGGCUGCUAUCAAGGGGUAUAGCAAGAUUGCAGAGAUGUUACUAAGCCACGGAGCUCCCAUUGAUGUCAAGGAUGCCCAUGGUCAUACGCCUCUUCAUUUAGCUGUUUCAGAAGGGCAUCUUGAGAUAGUUCGGGCGCUGCUUUGUGCUGGGGCAACCGUCGUCAUUCAAGAUGAAAUAGGCGACUCACCACUGCACCUCGCUGCUGGCAACGGUUAUUUUGCUAUCGUACAGGAGCUUCUGAAUAAGGGAGCAGAUCCUUCUCUGCAAGGUCACGAAAAUGCUACGCCAUUGCACCAGGCAUCUUUAAUGGGUUUCGUUGACGUUGUCCAGCUUCUUCUAGAAUCCGGGGCAAAUGUGUCUGCUCAAAGUUUAGAUGGAAAAACUCCUCUUCUCCAAGCCAGUGGCGCCGGCCAGGUUGCAACCGUGCGGCUGCUUCUAGGUGCCGGAAGCAGUCCUUCAUUUCCAGAUGAGGAUGGGAACACGCCACUACACUUCGCUGUCCUUUCAGGGAAAGCAACUAUCGCUGAAAUGCUGAUAGAAGCUGGAGCGCAUGUCGAUAGCGCAAAUGACAAGAACCAGACCCCCUUACACUGGGCAGCAAAAGGACAUGAAGAGAUAGUCCCUACUUUGCUGAAUCACAAAGCUGAUACCCAUGCUCGCAGCCAUACAGGGUGGACUCCGCUACAUUGGGCAGCUAACGAGGGUCAUGUCGGUAUAAUGACAGCUUUAUUGAAAGCCGGGGCCCUCGACCAGAUUCAAAAUGAACAUGGGGAAUCAGCGCUGCACUUGGCCGCUCAGAAAGGGCAUGAAGCUGUCGUCCAAUUGCUUAUCCAACGGGACAGCAAUCCACAUCUCACCGACAAUAAACUUCGCACAGCUCUGCAUUAUGCAGCUGGCGAAGGACAUGAGGAAAUAGUAAGAAUAUUGCUGAGUAUCAAAGUCAGAUCAGACAGCAGAGAUAUCGAUGGUCGGACUCCGCUUUACUAUGCAGCACUCCAUGGACAUGUGACGAUCGCAAAAAUGCUUCUUGAUUUUGGUACCACCCUUGACGAGACCGUCAAGGAAGCCUUUUUAGAGGCUGCAGAAGCUGGGCACGAAUUGAUGGUUCAAUUUCUCAUCAUAAAUGGCAUUGAUCUGUCUUUCAAAGAUAUAAGCGGAUAUACAGCGUUGCACAGGGCCGUUCUGGGGAGUCAAAUUAAAGUUCUCAAACUUCUUCUCAAUACAGAGGCUGAUAUCUCUGCCCGGGAUAACAGGGGGAAAACAGCAUUGCAUCUUGCUGCCCAGGAGGGCGAGGAUGAAAUUGCCAAAGUUCUCUUGGGAAACAGUGAAAUAAGGAAUCUCCAGGAUUGUGAUGGCUGGACGGCUCUGCAUUGGGCGGUUAAUAACGAACAUGAAAACACCGUCCAGUCUCUAUUAGAUGCUGGUGUUGAUCCUAGUAUUAAUUCCUUCGAUGCAUGCAGGCCGCUUGAUUUGGCAGAAGUUGGGGCUCUAGAAACAAUUGAGCAGAUGCUACAAGAGGCAUUAGCAGCAACAGACAGGCCAACCAUUGGUGACGCGCCUCCAUGA